UGUAACUAGUGCCGGAAACGGAAUAUACAGGCCGCCGGCCGGCACUGUGCUCAUCCUGCAGGGGAUCAAUCAAUCCAUGGCCACAAGCAGUCUCCUUACGAGACUUAGAUCAACUACAAAGCCAUUUCGAUACUCACCCUCUUUGUUAUGCAACGCGGUGUCUUCUUCUUCCUUCUCCUCCGUCUGUAGAGCAGACUCUCCGCCUUUCUCCCACACUGUAACUCCUCCUGUUCCCAAGAAGGUCCCUUUUACAGUCUCGUGUAAUGGAAGAACAUGGGAAGAUCCUUAUCAUUGGAUGCGGAAUACCAAUGAUCCUGAUUUCACCAGCUACCUUAGUCAAGAGAAUUCCUAUGCCAAAGCUUUCAUGGACGACACCCAUCGAUUGCAGCACAAACUGUUUGAAGAAAUGACAAGCCUAAUGCCUGCAAAGAUUUCCACCCCUCCUGAACGUUGGGGUCCUUGGUUGUACUACCAGUACAUUCCAGAAGGUAAAGAAUUUCCAGUUCUGUGUCGGUUGUUAGCCAGUGAAGAGGAAGGUUGGUUGAAGAGGAUUGCCAAGCACUACAUGCCAGAUAGAUUCUGCAAGGAACAGAUUUUACUUGACUGGAAUGAGAUUGCAGAACAAUAUGGGUAUGUUCAUGUAGGUACAUGCCGUAUAUCGCCAGAUCACAACUUCCUUGCUUACACUGUUGAUUGGACUGGAGAUGAGAACUUCAUGCUUCAAAUUAAGGACCUUAGUAAUUUUCAAGUACUUCCCAAUAUUAAAAUCAAUGGAGUUGUAAGCUUGGCAUGGGCUAAGGAUGGUGUUACAUUAUUUUAUACUGUAACUGAUGGGAAUCAACGACCAUGCAGUGUACGAUGUAUGAGAAUAGGAUCAGAUCCUAUAAAAGAAAUCCCAAUAUUUACGGAGGACAAUACCAGCUUCUGUGUAGACAUCACAAGCACAAAGGAUGGCAGGUUUAUAACCAUAAACUCUAACUCGAGAACUUCUUCUGAGGUCUAUGUAUUAGAUGCCUACAAUGUACAGGAAGGAAUAAGGAGGUUCCAAAAAAGAGUUUCAGGGGUAAAAGUAUUUUUGGAGCAUUAUGGUGGCUUUUUCUAUAUUCUGACAAAUGCACCUUUAAAUGAGGAAAAGCCGUUGCCUAGUGAAAGUUAUUGCUUGGCUAGGUGCAGAGUUGAAAAUCCGGAUAAUUGGGAGACUAUCAUCACACAAAGCGAAGACCUUAUUUUGCAAGAUAUGGAUGUUUUCAAUGGGUUUCUUGUUCUUUCCUAUGACAUAAAUGGCUCUUCCCAGAUUUGUUCCGUCAAAAUGCCUAUUGAUGUCUGUAAUAAGCAGGAACACAAGAGUAUUCAUGAUCUAGAUCCUUGGUGGUUUCCACAGCCAUCGGAAAUAUGUGGAAUCCUUCCUGGUUCAAAUCAUGAUUUCAUGAGCUCCAAAUAUCGUGUGGUUCUUUCGUCUCCUGUGAUGCCUGAUGUAAUCAUCGACUAUGACAUGUCAAGGCAAACAUUUUCCUUUGUGCAACAAGAAGAGGUUGCGAAUAUUUCUUCUCACAAGCUUCUAAAUGGCUCAGAUGAAAAGAACCAUAGGGUAACUGAUCAGUUGCAGAUGUGGAGAGACUUCUCUGAUGCUUUGGUAUAUGAAAGAAAAGAGGUUCGUUCACAUGAUGGUGUUUUGGUUCCUUUGACAGUCCUGUACUCGAAAAAGGCAAAUCAAAAGAAUGGACGUCCUGGGCUUAUGCAUUGCUACGGCGCAUACGGAGAAGAUCUAGACAAAAACUGGUGUUCAGACCGUCUAAGUUUGCUUGAUCGAGGUUGGGUGAUAGCCUUUGCUGAUGUAAGGGGUGGUGGUGGGGGUAUUGAUCCUAAAUGGCAUGAAUCUGGGCGUGGAUUGUGCAAAUUGAACUCCAUAUAUGAUUUUGUUGCUUGUUGCAAUUACAUGGUUAGUGAAGGUUAUGUUCAUGAAGAAAAGCUUAGUGCUAUUGGACAUAGUGCUGGAGGCAUUACUGUAGGGGCAACAAUCAAUAUGUAUCCGCGAUUGCUUCGGGCUGCCAUUUUGAAGGUUCCUUUUCUUGAUAUAUGCAAUACAUUGUUAGAUCCCAGUUUACCACUCACUAUCUUGGACUAUGAAGAGUUUGGGAAUCCUCAGAUACAAGAAAACAUGGAGUAUAUUUUAAGUUAUUCACCUUAUGACACCAUCCCUAAAGGAGAUUGCUUACCUUCAGUACUAGUGACAUCAUCUUUUCAUGACUCCAGGGUUGGAGUUUGGGAAGCUGCAAAAUGGGUUGCUAAAGUUCGAGAAACUAUGUGUUUUAAUUGUUCUCGUUCAGUCAUCUUGAAGACUAUUAUGAGCGGAGGAGGGCAUUUCGGUGAAGGAGGUCGAUUAGGUCAAUGUGAGGAAACAGCAUAUGAAUAUGCCUUUCUCAUGAAAGCUAUGGGGAUGUCAGAUGAUGAUGAUGACAAAUGAGAAUUUGUUUGAUAACCUUUUGUUUUUGGAUUUUUGAUUGCGAGAAAGUUGUUGGGCAUCUGUUUCUUCAAGAGGGUUAGGGCAAAAAAAAGCUUCCUCAUAGAUGUCCUGAAGUAUGUAGUUUGAACUUUGAUGUCCAUGAUCAUGAGUUUAAGUCUCAUGGACCAAACAACUUUAAAGGAUUGCUUUGUAUGAGAACUAACAGUAAAUGUUGUAAUCUUGCAAUAAUUUAAAGAGUCAAGGGACUAGGGAUUUGAAAAUGAUUAUUGAAUGAGUUAUAUUUGUUAGAGAUUCUGGCAAAACUUUUUCCAUGUAACUUAGAGUAUGCCUCAAAUUGAGUUGUAAAGUAACCAUUUUUGUUUGCU